GCCGCCGCCGCCGCCAGCUCGUCGCUUCGCUCCCGGCAACAGCAGAGCUCCUGCUAUGGACCAGCAGCCCAAUGUCCUGUGCACUGUCCAAGCAUAACAGACAAUGUCCCCGAUGUGCAGAACUUAUUGUUUGAGCAGAAGACACAAGAGAAGAGCUCAGGUCAUACAAAUCUUGCAAGCUGACCAGAAGACACAGUGUGAAAGGUAAAUGGAAGAUUUGGAGACUAACCUAAUCCAGACACGCAAAGCAUGUAGAAUAGAGCAAAUGGUAGCAAAAUGGCUUCAUCGCUCUCGGGAUGGUGCAUCCAGGGGCAGAGUGUCUGUGACAGACAGCACCAGUGAUGGCAGCGGCCAGCCUGCCAGCCGUGUCAAACUUACUGUUACAGUAUACAAAGAUUUGGUCCUCCAUCACUACGGCUUUGAGAUUUGUCCAAACCUUCCUCUUACGAUUGCAUCUGUCACUGCAGGGAGCACUGCCGAAGGGAAGCUGCAGCCAGGUGACCAGCUCCUCCUAAUAAAUUCUACUGCGGUGGACGACGUGUCUGUUGAACGAGCGGCUGACAUCAUCAGGGAGGCCGGUGACGAGCUCCUCCUAACUGUCCUGCGCUGCACUUCGGGUGGGCCUAAGUCAUCGUUCCUUACUGCAGAGAAGAGGGCAAGGCUAAAAACAAACCCUGUGAAAGUACGGUUUGCAGAGGAAGUGCUGGUGAAUGGACACACACAGGGGAAUUCUCUUCUUUGCAUGCCCAACGUUCUCAAGGUAUACUUGGAAAAUGGACAGACGAAGGCUUUCAGGUUUGAGACGAGCACUACUGUGAAGGACAUUGUUCUCACCUUGAAGGAGAAGCUCUCCAUCCAAAGCAUUGCGCACUUUGCCCUUGCUCUGGAGGAGCAGUACAACGUGGCAAAGAUCCAUCUGCUGCAUGAAGAGGAGCUCAUUGAACAGGUGGUCCAAAAAAGAGAAUCUCAUGACUACCGGUGCCUCUUCAGAGUUUGCUUUGUACCAAAGGAUCCCUUAGACCUUCUGCAGGAAGACCCAAUUGCCUUUGAAUAUCUCUACCUGCAGAGCUGCAGCGAUGUGCUUCAGGAAAGAUUUGCUGUGGAAAUGAAAUGCAGUGUGGCAUUACGUCUGGCUGCUCUGCACAUACAAGAGAGGAUCUAUGCUUGUGCUCAGCCACAGAAAGUAUCCUUGAAAUACAUUGAGAGGGACUGGGGAAUAGAAAACUUCAUCUCACCAACUUUGCUUCGAAACAUGAGAGGGAAGGACAUCAAGAAAGCCAUUAGCUACCACAUGAAGCGGAACCAGGUGCUACUGGACCCUCGGCAGAAGCAUAUGCUCGCAGCAGUCCAAAUGCGCCUGAGCUACCUGCAAAUACUGGGAGACCUGAAGAUGUACAACGGGAAGAUCUUUAAUGCCACUCUGAUGCUACAGGACAGAGAAUCGUACGUUGCCUUGCUGGUGGGUGCAAAGUACGGGGUCAGCCAGAUUAUCAAUAAUAAGCUCAACAUCAUAACAAGUCUGGCAGAGUUUGCAAACAUCAGCAGGGUGGAGCUUACAGAAGAGUCUGAAAAAGUGAGCAUGGUGAAAAUCUACCUGCAGGAUCUGAAGCUGCUGACUCUGCUGCUGGAAUCAAACAGUGCAAAAGAUCUUGUCUGCCUCAUCAUUGGCUAUUACAGACUGUUCGUGGAUGCAAAUGUCUCCAUAUUUACCUGGGGAGAGAAAAAACAGCAACUGCACCGUGUGUCAGCUGAAGAAGGGUAUGAAUCUCGAACCUGCAGUGACUCUGAAGACUCCUGGGAGCUGGAUUCCUCCUCAGAGCAUUGCUUGGACACGCCUACAGCAUACAGCAGCGCCCACCCUGCGUGCAAUGAGGAGGAGUUGGGACACCUCCACAGCCCGGAGAAGGACAGCACAAAGCUCCAAGCUGGAGGGAGCGAUCAAUACGAUGGAGGUGACAAUGCAACAGACAGCACAUCUGAGGCUUCAGAUUCAGCCAACACUGAGAGCCGAGGGUUUAAGACAAGUGGCUCCAGUGACUCUAUGGAUGCACUGGAGGAAGAUGAGUUGGAAGCUUGCUCUUCCUCCAGGCCAGAGUUCUUCCACUUCUACACACCAACAGUGCAGGAGAUGAGCAGUUCAGACAAGAGCUUCUUCCCCAUUCGUGCUGCAGGAGGCUCCAGCAAGGCAGAAACCAGAGACUACUUCUGUUUCUUGCAGGUACCACAUGCAGAGGAGCCUGGGUGUGAAGACAGCUCCUCUGAGCAGAGAGGGGAGGACAUUGGUGUGUCUGUGCUGGAGAACAAGCUGACAGAGAGAAACACCAUGGGCUAUUACAGCCUGUGCUACAGCAUAUCCCCUGCAGGCACCGUGGAGAAGAGCAACAUCAGUCUCAGCCCUCAAAGAAGUCGUUGGACAGAUGGGUCUGCCCAGGAACAGACACCAUGUGAAGCAGAACAGAGGGCAGAGACAAGCAACCUCAUUUUGGAGCCGCCCCCAGGCUUUGGUGACACCAGCUCUGAGGAGGAGUUCUACGAUGCUGCAGACAGGCUCAGCCCUCCGGAUGCCCUGGCAGCAGGCUACAAUAUAACAUCCCGGGAGGAUACAGACAGCUCCUCCUGCAUCCUAAAGAAACCAAGGUGUUAUAGCUUGGGGGAAGACCUGAUGACAAGGCAGACAGUAAGGGAGAAACACAGAAAGGAGAAGGAGCUGACAUAUGCCAAGAGCCUGAGGAAGAGGAGAUCUUUCCUGAAAACGGAUUACACCUCACAGGUCACUUUCCCCUUGGCUUCGCCAGGCUCUCUGCAGAGCUGCUCCUCUUGGCCACGCUCACCACCGCUCCUUGCUGAGUCCCCCACUCCACCGUCCUUAGAGAACUUCAAGAAAGAUGCAGAGCUGGGACUUCCUGCUGCCACACAGGCCCAGAGAGACACUGCUAGCACAAACCUAUCCUCUGACCUGAUGGAAAUGGAGCCUGACGCCAUGGAAACAAAGUCAGUGACUGACUUGGUGGUUUCUUCCAUUUCAGCUGUUCGCCUGCAGGAUGACCAGCACAGGGAGGAGAGUGCAGACAUUGCCAUACAUGUGGAUGGAGGCCUCCAACCUGCACAUGCUGCAGAUCCACCUUUCCUGUCCCUGGAGGAAGCUGUACCCCUUCCUGGGGGACAAAGCAGAGCUGCCCAGCAAAGUUCCUCCAUGAAGACAAAUACUCGGAGCCUGAGUGAGGAGAGUGAUGUGGCCACUGGAGGCUGGCUGGCCCGAGUGGCACUGGAGGAGGUGGGUGAGGUGAUGGCAGCCCAGCACAAGGCUGGUGAUGUACCCCUAUUCCUUGGCCAAGAGGUGGCCUGCCCUGCUAAUGAACACACACAGCCACUGUCAGCUCAUGGUCCCAGCACGGCCUCUUCCCAUGAGGUGGCCCAGGCCCAGGAACUGCUCCCCACUGCUGGGAGGCAAGCAGUAUGUAAGGAGCCUGUCCUGGCUCCCUGUGAAGAAAGAAAAGCUAAUUGUGACAGCUGUGCUGAAAACAGCAAUGACAGUGCCUUGUCACAGGCAAAAAGCAGACAAGUGAUAAACAAGGAGGCCUUACGGAAAGUGCACAAUAAAAAUCUCAUGGGUUUUCCAGAUGUAACCCAGCUCUUAACAGAUUGCAGCAGCACUUCAGGGGUUAUAACUCGCCUCUCCUGGCUGUCAUCUGGGGUGAGGACAGACCUCACAUCACCCACCCCAUCUCAGGAAAGGGUAGAUAGCCCACUACAGCUUUUGGCUUCUCAGAAGACCAGUGGGUGCCUGAGGCCUGGUGCUGUCAGAAGGGAUAUGCAAACACUCUCAAUUGGACUACCCUUUGAGGAAGAGUUGGUAAGCAGCCAGGGGCUGGAUGAAGGAGAGCCCAGAAAUGAGGCAGGAAACAUGGCUCAUGAACAGCCGCAGCCUGUUCAGACUCCUCUUCUCAGAGAACAGGCUGCCGAGGUGGGGAAAGACUCUCCUCUGACACCAUCUCUAGGGCUUUCCAGCUCCUCAGGCCAAAUUCCCUUGGGCUCAUUGGGGAAAAGAGCAGGAGGCCAUGGGGCUUCAAAACAAUCCUUCCUCUGCUUUAACCACAGGAAGGAUGAGCAGACCCCUUCUGACCCUAUCAUGACUAGGUCCUUGGGUUUUUCCACAAUGAAGACGACAUCACCACAGCUUGGGAUGGACAAGUGCAGCUGUCAGCUGUCCUAUAUCAGCUGCUUCCACAGGCCUGAUGACAAGGGGGAAUGCGAAACCACCAUCCCCAUGUGCAGCACGUUUCUGGGACCCCUCACCACCCCACCAUCCAGCAGCCACAGUCUCCUUGGGACCCCUGUGGGCAGUUACUCAGUUUCCAUUGCUAGGGAUGUGGCAUGGUGGGACCCUCAUGUCCAAGCCCUCAGCCAGCUGAAGGACCAAGCACGGAUGAGCCCUGCAGAUUUCUCCUGCUUCCUAGCCUACACUACAGAGCUUCAGGAGGUUGUGGGGAAGCUCUCCAGGAACCACGCAACCCACCUGCAAGAACAAUGUGCAGAGCAGGGUGCUGAAAGCAAGGGUGCCCUUCGCUUAGCCUCCCAGGACCUGCUGUCCAGUUGCCAGGAGCUCCUGAAAACAGAGCAGCCCCUCAAAGAGCUGCAGGAUGUGCUGAGGGUGACAUUUGACCACCUAGUUCAGCUGGCAGUGGCCUGCUUCCGGGUGACACACUGCCAACUGUGCAGGCAGAGGCAGCAGGAGCUUGGGGCUGCACUCAUGGAUGUGGUGGGCACCUACCACCAGCUUGUGCAGGCUGUUCACCAGCAGCUUUGCAGGCAAGGCUGCCCAGAUCUGGGUGCCAAGCUCCUCGCCCGCCAACACACAGCCCUUGCAGCUGCCAUGUUUUGUCUCCUGCAGCAGUUCAGGGUACCCCCGUUGUUGUGACAGGGCUGUUUGGUGGCACACAGGUGCACUGGGUGGGGAAGACCCCAGCCAUGUUCCCUCUGUCCACUACCAGGCUCUCCCCCACAGGAUGUUUAGCCCCAUAGCUCAAGAGUGGUUGUGGAAGGAUGUGUCCACGCAUGUUGGCUUAGCUACACCAAGAGCCACCUUGUCCACAGGGUGGUCAUGGGGCAGAGGAUACUGCCCUCCAGCCUAGCUUUGUGUAAGUCUGCAUAUACAAUCUCUAUGUAAUAUGCAAACUCAUAGAGAACUUCAGUGGCUUAUGUACCUUGCCAGGAGCUUGUCCCUCACCUCCCAAAGGCCUUGAAGGUGGCCAUUCUCAAGGGGUUGUCUUAGCUGCCUUCUGUCACCUGUGGAGAAAGACAGGAGCCUUUUGGCCUGCCUUUCCUCAUGCUCCUUACUCUCCAGGCAGAUUCUUGAGUGACAUCAAAUCCCACCCUGACCCAACAUGAAGGAACCCAGGCUGCUUUGUCCACCUUCUGUGGCUGAGGAUGUGUCUGGACUUGGAAACCUCUUUGGGAACAAAGCUAUGCUGUAUUUAACUGCUUUUCCUUGCAAAGGCUGAAGAGGGUUGUCCCAGGUGAGGGAGACACCGCCAUAUCCUGCUCGUGUGUUGUUUCUGUGUCAGCCAGCUCUUCUAUUUCCAUUUGCUGAUGUUUGAGGAAGUCCCUGAUUGACCCCCCCACCAUGUUACUUAUGGAUCUGUGUCUUCCAGAAGGAACAAGUAAGCCCUGAGACUGAACUGCCACCUUCACAGCUGUGGAGAUGACCCAUUAUGCUGGCCUCCCCAGGAGGGGGCAAGCCCCCUUUCCCAACCUUGUCAGUAGCUCUUCUUCCAUCAUAUGCAGUAUAUCCCUAGCUAGGUAUGAGCUGUUUGCCCUUAAAGCUUGUCUAGUGAAUCAGCACUCCAGUGCUGGAGGCAUGACCUCAGUGCACUCUGAUGAAGAGGGUGGAGGCAGGUCCCUGAUUGGUGCUAUCUAACUUAGGGACUUGCUUGGGAGUGGCUAGCUUUCUUGAGUGUGCUCAGGAUGGAGGGAUCUGCACCAGGCAGCCGAGAAGCAUGGGUAGGCCACAAUAGGUGGCCAGUUCUGCCUGUGAACACCACGUCUUCCCGAGCACCAGGGCAGUGUGGGGACAGGAUUGUCCUGUGGAUAUGUAACAUCUGCAGGAGGGCACCCCCACUUUUUGCUCAUUCUUUAAUGCUUCUGGAGGGAGUAAAGGGAAAGUUCUUGCAGCUGAACUCUGGUGUGGAAGAGGAUGGCAGCUGGGGCAGAAGGGAGUGCUGCAGCACCCCUGAGACCUCCCUAACCAGACACACUCUUAACAGCCAGGCAAGCAAACACCCGCAGGAAUUUGGCAACAUUUACCACUCCUACACCAAAUCUCUUACAGCUGGUACUCUCACAGUAUGCCUACAGGCAGCAAUGUAGCUAACCAAGGGCAGUCCGCUUUCCUGGCUGCGCAGGGUGGCCAAAGUACCUUCAGGCACUGGGGAGGGUAGCACUGCCAGAUGGUUUGGGUUAGCAUAUGCUGCUGCCUGGCCUCUUACACUGAGGCCCAAGUACAGACCUCCAACUACACGCUAACAGCCAGUGAGCAAGGGGAUAAGCUCAUAAGACACAGCAAAGCAACAGGCACUGGCAAACACAAAUUCAGCCUAUGUAGGGAGCAACACCCUGUGCCCACUAACAGCUUCUGUUACAGCAGGCACUACUGACAUUGUCUCACAGGCACUGACUUCCAGGUGUGGUAAAAGGCUCUUAAUGUGGAGAAAUGAAAACACAUAAGCAUAUGAGACAGUAAUUUACCUCAGAAGACCUUCAGGUUCUUCCACAGUGGUUAGACAUAGUCAUUGACCAUGAAGGAGUUUUUGUGUUUGAGGGGUUUUUUUAGCAACAACAGCUGAUGCAACAUAUUGACUUAGAUGCAUCAAAAAUGCUUUCUGCUGUGGCCGUGAAAUACAUCACUGCUCUUUGGGCAGGACACAGUCAAAUCACAAAUACCUUUCCAGGAGGAACAUCAGGGUUGGUGAACUUUACAUGUCUGAUGAUGUACCAUGCAUGCAUCAGUAACUGUAAGGAUGCAAUGGGAAUUUAAAAGUAAACAUUUUAUUUUAGAUUAGAUGCACAGGAU